AUGGUUCUUUCCUCGGGCAACGACCGUGUCCAGUCAUGUCCACGUAAACGACAUCGGUCCGCCCAAUCCUGCCAGGAAUGUAGACGGCGGAAAGUCAGAUGUGAUCGGUCUGAACCGUGUGGGCAUUGCCUUCUCUCGAAGAAGCAAUGCCAUUACGAUCCCAGAUCAGCUCCAUCCGGUCGGAUUGUUAAUGGCCCUGCUCCCGCCAGCCAAAGCGCCCAUGAAUUUGCCCCCAUUAUACAUGCACAGGUAGCUUCUGCUCCGCGGCCGCAGGCUUCGGUUAUCGCGAGGGGAUCGAGUCCUGCUUCAGAUUCAUUUCACCUCACUAGACGUGUGCCAGACGUACAACUCAGUUCCCAGUCCUCUCAUGAUAAUGGCAUUGUGAGGUCGGAAGGACCCAGAGCGGCUACCAGCGCCAACCUCGACAAUGUCGCAGCUGGUCCACAGGACGGGAAGAUUUCCUUAAACAAAUCUAGGCUGUUCGGCCGGAGCCACUGGACAAAUUCUACUCUAGAGGUAGCCCUUGCAUGCCGGCCGCUCAUCUGUUCCUCAAUAAUCUUGGCUAAUCUUCAACAGCUCCAAAAGACAGCGGCUGUCCUGAAUCCUGAGACGGGAAAUGCCACGGACAAUGAAGUCCUGGCUCGCUUGAAGUGGGAGAUUGCUGCUCUUCUCCAAAAAUGCAAAUCCUUGUCCAAAAAUAUCAAGUCGUCUCAACAAACUAGGUGCUCUUCCUUUCCACGGGCGUAUCUAUCAAUCGCAAAAGAGUAUGCUGAUAAUAUGGUACACUUGUAUGUCACUCACUUUGAGUCUGUGUUUCGCAUACUACACAUUCCAUCCUUCUGGAUCGAAUAUGAGAAAUAUUGGAGCGACCCCGCAGAAGGUGAAUAUAUCUCGCAACUCAAGAUCCAGCUCGUCACGGCCCUUGGAAUGAUUAUUCACCAAGACACCAUUAAUACCACAGAUGUCUACUCGACGGCGCGCCAAUGGCUAUAUGCCGCGCAGGAAUGGUUGUCUGGACCUUUGAAAAAGAGCCGUAUCAGCAUCGGUAGCCUACAGGUGCAGUGUCUAUUGAUUCUGGCUCGGCAGGCUCUGUCCGUUGGAGGAGAUACUGCUUGGAUAUCGAUGGGACUAGUUGUACGGACGGCAAUGCAAAUGGGCCUACACCGUGACCCAAAGCACUUCAAGAGAAUGGGUAUUCUUGAAGGCGAGAUUCGUCGAAGACUCUGGGCCACCGUCUUAGAGUUGAAUGUCCAAGCCGCCUUAGACGCCGGAAUGCCACCUACCCUCUCAUUAGAUGAGUUCGACACAGAGGGCCCUUCCAAUCUCAAUGACGAAGACAUUGACGAGCAGACCGAGGCGCUCCGGGAGCUUCCCGCAACUGCGACAACAGACUCUUCCCUCCAGCGUUUCCUCUUUCAGUCACUCCGUCCAAGGCUGGAGGUCGCCCAACGUAUGAACAGUAUAACACCGGCCUUGUCAGAAAUGUCGUACAACGAACUCAUCGCUCUAACGACCUCAAUUGCCAGCGCCUGCCGGAGCUGCAGUGCCCAUAUCCUCAAAACCAAUAGCUUCGAAAUUGCUUCUUUCCAUAGCAAUCUUGCAGACCUCCUUCUCAGGCGCUUCAUACUUCAUCUUCAUCGCCCUCUUGCCGGCCGAGCCCGAACUAAUCCACAAUAUUAUUUCUCUAGAAAGAUGAGCCUGGACGCCGCCAUGGCCCUAAUUUCUUCGGCAUCCAAGAACGCCCAGUUCGAGCGCCUCGUGCUGCUCGGGGCCGGGAUGUUCAAGAACCGCAUGAUCCACGCGUCCCUGGCGGUGGCGUCGGAGCUACUCAUCGAAGUUGAAGAGCAAGGGCCGGGGGAGUACCAUUCGCCCUCACGGGAGCCUUCUGGAUAUCGAAAGAUGUUGACGGAGGCGUUGAGAGAGGCGCUGCGGCAGUCUGCCGAGCGGAUUCGACUUGGAGAGACUAAUGUCAAGCUACAUAUGAAGUUGAGUAUGGCUAUGCGUCAGGCAGAAGUGGCAGGCGCACAUUCUUCAUCCAUGCAGCAGUUGGCUCAAAGUGCCAAGGAGAGCCUGGAGGCUUCCUAUGCCACCAUGCAAGCGCGGGCAACUCAUGAAGGAACUGACAUCGAGUCCAGAGGUAGCGGCGGGAUGUCCGAGGACUUCGACCCUGAAGACUUUGAUCCAGAGAGCUUCUUCCUUGACUCCAACUUCUCUUUGGACGACCUCUUCUUCAUUCCUGCGGAUUUUGAUAUGGAUGGCGCAGCGAGGCAGCCUUAA